UUUCAGGUGUCUUUCAGACUACAGACGGCAGUGCACCGUCGCGACGCGAACAGCUGAACAUCGCUGUUGACCACGUGCGAGCGGCAUUUGUUACGUCGUCGUCGAUUGUUUUUGGCGCGUCGCUGACCGCGAUUUAGGGGUUGUUCAGUGAGGGAAUGAAAUUUUGACUGUUUUGCUGGCGGGCGUGCUUCUGUUUCACCACAAGUGACUCGAUAAUCAACCACGAUGCCAGGUGACUCACUCUACUGGAGUCCAGCCGAGGCGGAUUCGGAUGACUCGUUUACUCUCCCGAAGGAACCAUACAUCGACCCAUGGGACCUGGAAAACUACGCCUACAUCAGGGAGCAACUGGACUCCAUGGAGCUCAGCUCCAAUAGAAGCAUGCCAAGCGGAAGCAGUAGUGGUGGGGAGUUCGCAGAGGCGAAUUGCAAUUCGUUCUACUAUGUGCCAGGUGACCCACGAGGUCAUCCAACCGCAGGUCCCAGAGGUUACUUGCCCAGGUACCCAGAAGACCGGCGAGGUUACGAUUCCCUGAUGAGCGACCAAGAGAAUUACGUAGCGAUCGACGAGAUAGGAGUGAACGAAAGAAGAAGGCGCAGCGAAAUGCACAACUGUGACAUCAGAAGAAGAAUGCAGGAAGAAUAUGAGUCUGAAACCGAUGUGGACACAUAUGGAGACCCCAUCAUUGAAGAAAGUCCUGUAUUUGGAAUUUACGACGAGAAGGGUGUUUUCCGGAGGGUAGCUCUCCCCAUCACUUACCAGAAGCCACAAAGCAGAGAUCGUAGCAUCAGUUACGCUUACGGAGACCACGAGAGAGAUCCAUACGCCUCAAGAAUGGACCUUUACAGCAGACUGGAUGACUACCACAACAGAGACUCCACACUGCCUAUCUAUGAUGAUGUCAGACGAAGAAAACCUGAUAAUUUCGGUCUUAGUCAACAGGGACAUUUGAAAAUAGAUUACUCGUGUAGUUGGAAUAAUCUUAACAAAUACAUGAGAGACAACUAAAUACAUAAUAUACUGGUUCACAAACUUUGAUACGCAUCUAAUGAUGUGUACAAAGAAUAUUUAUUUUAAGUGUGAAAAUUUUAUAGUAUUAUCGACUUGAGUAGAAUUAGAUAAUAUAUGAAAUAUACAAUAACCUAUAUAUUUUGUUUAAUAUUUAAACUGUAUUAAUGUUUAGGGAAUAGUGUAUGGAAUCAGUAUUUUACAUUGUAUAUAUUUGCAAUCUUGUAUGUGUAUCAUAAAUCAAAAUAUGUAAUAUAAGACUGGGAAAUACCAUAAACUGUACAGAAUACAUAAUAAAGAGGGAUAGAAUGCAAGUUGCAGUGGGCUGUGAAACAAGUGAAC